ACUGUAUAUAGGUGGCACGCUGAGCCAACUGGUUAGAGCGUUGGCCUUACAGUUGUGAGGACCGUGUUUCAAAUCCAAGCCCCUCCUGUGUGUUUCUGUGUUUCCAUGUUCUCCCCGUGCCUGUGUGCCCAAACCAUGCUUUCAAUGGACACUCUAAAUUGUCCUUAGUGUGUGUGAGUGUGAAUGGUUGUUUGUCACCAUGUGCCCUCCAAUUGGCUGGCAACCAGUUCAGGGUCUACCCUGCCUCCUGCCCAUUGACAGCUAGGAUAGGCUGCAGCACUCCCCGCGACCCUUGUGAGGAUAAGCAGUGAAAAAAAUGGAUGGAUGGCGUUGCCACUGGAACCGGCAGCAACAGAGAGCCCCGCAGCCAAGGCCGGUGUAAACCUGCCAGGAUGCGGUGCCACAAGUUUUGGGCCGCGUGUUCGCUUGGAAUUUACGUGUGGACAACCAUCCUCUUCAAAGGAUCCCUGCAAGGAGAGUACCAGAGGAGACUUUACAAGGAGCUACUUGCUAACUACAACCGUCUGGAAAGACCAGUGACCAAUGAUUCAGCCGCCAUCUUGGUGGAGCUGGGUUUCACUCUUCUGCAGAUAAUAGAUGUGGAUGAGAAGAACCAAGUGUUGAUGACAAAUGCCUGGCUGCAGUUGUAUUGGACUGAUAUCUACCUGAGCUGGAACCCGGAAAGCUACCCUGGCGUUCAGAACCUUCGAUUCCCUUCAGACCAAAUCUGGACUCCUGACAUCCUUCUCUACAACAGUGCGGACGACCGCUUUGAUGCUACCUUCCAUACCAACGUUCUGGUGAAUGCAUCGGGUUACUGCCAGUACAUCCCCCCUGGCAUUUUGAAGAGCACCUGCUACAUUGAUGUACGUUGGUUCCCCUUCGAUGUGCAGAAGUGUGAUUUGAAGUUUGGCUCCUGGACGCACAAUGGAUGGCUACUGGACCUCCAGAUGCUGGAUGUGGACACUUCCACAUACAUACCCAAUGGCGAGUGGGAUCUUGUCGGCAUCUUCUCACCUGCUAGUAUUUUAUUGAAUAAGUUGAUCAAAAACUCCACAGCCACCUCUCCAAAUUGCUUCCAUACCUCCACCGGUGUACCAGUAAAGCGCAAUGAGCUGUACUAUGACUGUUGCAAGGAGCCCUACCCUGACGUGACCUUCACAGUCACCAUGCGCCGCAGAACGCUUUAUUACGGCCUCAAUUUGCUCAUCCCCUGUGUGCUGAUUUCUGGCUUGGCUCUGUUGGUCUUCCUCCUGCCAGCCGACUCAGGAGAAAAGAUCUCUCUUGGAAUCACUGUGCUGCUUUCGCUAACGGUCUUCAUGCUUCUGGUGGCUGAGAUCAUGCCAGCCACCUCUGACUCGGUUCCCCUUAUCGCCCAGUACUUUGCCAGCACAAUGAUGAUAGUAGGAAUGUCCGUGGUGGUGACUGUCAUCGUCCUACAGUUUCACCAUCAUGACCCUCAGGGAGGCAAGAUGCCCAAGUGGGUCCGGGUGGUCCUGUUGAACUGGUGUGCUUGGUUUCUACGUAUGAAGCAACCUGGCGAUGAGCGCAGGCGUCCUGGCUACAAGCACCGCCAUACUAACCAGCACCACUCCAGUACCAAUUCUAUUGAGAUGGGCGCCAUUCCAAGUCUUGCAAUUCCAUUUUCCCAAACAUCCUGCCCACCAUGCACCUCCGGCACCUCCAAUGGUUCCAUGAGCCUCUAUUUUGGCAGUUACCAACCAGUGGAGAGUCCACACUGCCCGCCUUCCAGCGACUCUGGCAUAGCUCUAGGUGGCCGCACUCACUGCUCCCCCGGAGAUGAGCCUGAGCCCCCUAAUGUUUUGGGAAUGGGUGUAGGUGUGGGAGUCAGGAUGCCGCCACCAGAGAUUCAGCGCAUCUUGGAGGAGUUGACCUACAUUGCACAGCGCUUCCGGGACCAGGAUGAAGCUGAGGCCAUUAGCAGUGAGUGGAAGUUUGCGGCAGCAGUGGUGGACCGUCUGUGCCUGGUGGCCUUCUCGCUCUUUUCAAUCAUUUGCACCUUCACCAUCCUGAUGUCUGCCCCCAACUUCAUAGAGGCUGUCUCCAAGGACUUCACAUAGCUAGACGGAGAAGAAGAAGAAAAAAAAUCCCUUCUAGUUCUAAUUGGGCUGCAGCUAACAAUAAUGGUUAUUGUUUUUUUUCCAUGUAAAUAUAAUUACUUUGUCUCAUCUAUAGCUAACUUCUAUGUGCAACACAAAAAGAUCAUAAAUCAUAGUUCACUGUUUACAUACAGUGGAUUUAAUAAAAUAAGUCUACAGACACACACACACAGGUUUUCAAACGCAAGGUUUUUGUGAUAUAGAAAUCUGUGACCAAGAUAAAUACUUUCAAAACCUUUUACACUGUUUUACACUGUGAGGUAUUACCACUGUCAUUUAAUUAAAAAAAAAAUGUUCAGGGUUUGGGGGACUCAACAUUCUUCUUCUUUCUUUCGGCUUGUCCCUUUCAGGGUCGCCACAGCGUGUCAUCUCAGAUGAACGCACAUAUAUAUUUGGCACAAUUUUUACACCGGAUGCCCUUCCUGACGCAACCCUUCUCAGGGAGUGGAGGCCCCAGUGGGAUACGAACCCACAACCCCUGGUUUACCAAACCAGUGCUCUAACCACUGAGCUACAGGGCCUCAACAUUAAACCAGUGAAAUCAGUGAUUAUGCAGAUCUUCACACCCCCUUGCUUUUAUGUUAAUAUGGAGAUGUUCACACUGAAAAGAAUAGCUAAUGUUACGAGUAAUCAGAUUUCACAAUUGAGUCUUUACUUCAGUGGUUCCCAAAGUCAACCUGGGCCCAGACCCCCAGUGAGUCAUUCAAAAAGCUCCCGGACCCCCAACCUCAACUUUCGCCAAUAAUGUAGUGCUGGACACAGCUAUGUCAUUCUGGUACAAAGAAAUAUUCAAUUUUAGUGGCUCACAUGCUCUUGCUUUUUAUUUUUGCACAAUAAAUCAAAACGCAGUUCAACACUGGAAAGGGCAAUUGUCACAUCAUGAUUAGCUUCCAGACGAUUUCGUUUUUUUCGUCUUCACGUCACGGACCCCCUGGAAUGACGGUUUUCAGCCCCUGGGGGUCCGUGGACCCCACUUUGGGAAUGACUGCUUUACUUGGAAUGAUCACAUUUGUACUGUAUAAAAAAAUCUCUCAUGAGCAUUUGGUUUAUUGUGUAAAAAUACUUUCUGCUGACUGGGUGGAAUGGAUCAAUAACAAGAUGUCAUUCAAAUGUAUUUAAGUGUGGUUGAUUUUUGUUUUUUAACACCUCUUAAAUGUUUGGUUGAAAACAACUGUCAAUGGUAAACUACUAUUAAAAUAGUUAAAAGAUGCUUUUAAUAAAAUGUUCAUUGAUGAUGAAGGCUUAUGACAAUUGUUCUCAUGGGAAUUUAUUAAGAUUUGUAAGAAAUGGAACACACUUUAAUUAAUACAAAACUAAUUACAGGAAAGAUUUAUGGGGUGUUUAAUAAAGCCAUCGGCAAACCACACAAUCCUAGCAACUAUAAAAUUUGUGUGUUGUUUUGUACUGUAGACGUGCACAGAAUACACAUGGGCAGUUUUAAUGCUCAUUUUACUGGAAAUUAGUCAAGCUCAAACAACUUAUCAAACUUAUCUUUUUCUAUGCUAUUCCAAAUAAAUUCUCAUGACAAUACCUUCUGACAUCAAGGACAAUCACAAAAGGUUUAGAGAAUAUGAGCAAACUUCAAAAUCAUCACCUCACAUGAAUGUAGAACUUUUAUUGGUGACCCCUGUUUAGUGAAAAGUCAACUAACUAAUGUACAGUACAAAACAAUUGUCUUCACUUUUCAUCCUUGUUGUAUUGAUGGUCAUUUUCUUCAUUGUCCUUUCAGGUGUGAAUUUUAACCCUC